AUGAGGGUAGAAGGUGGCAUAGUGAGGAUAGGCAGUAGCAUAAUGAAGGCAGGAGGUAGCAUAGUGAGGGCAGGAGGUAGCAUAUUGAGGACAGGAGGUAGCAUAUUGAGGACAGGAGGUAGCAUAAUGAGGGUAGAAGGUAGCAUAGUGAGGAUAGGAGGUAGAAUAGUGAAGGCAGGAGGUAGCAUAUUGAGGACAGGAGGUAGCAUAAUGAGGGUAGAAGGUAGCAUAGUGAGGAUAGGCAGUAGCACAGUGAGGACAGGAGAUAGGUUUUUUAUUAUUAGAGCAGAUGGUAAAGCUCUCCAUAUACAGUGUGUUCUUAAAAAUAAUUUGUUGACAGUCUACCCUGCUGAAGCAUUAUCCACACAAACAUUAGAUGCUAUAUACUUGUCUGACAACCUCAUUGCAAAAAUUCCUGACUCGGCCUUCACGUCACAGACUAGUCUCACCGAACUUUAUUUGGAUAAUAAUAUCAUAACUGAACUUCAAGCUGAUGUAUUUGCUGAUUUGGCGAACUUGCAGACACUGAGCAUAAAAAACAACAAAAUAUGGUAUGUGGACCCCACAGCUUUUAAUGGGUUUGAUGCCAUCAAUACUAUACUUCUUUCCAAUAAUGCCAUAGAAUACUUACCAACUUUACCAGACCUUAGUAAAUUAUCGUCGCUUGACCUUUCUCAUAACAGUAUUGAAGCUUUAGGUCCUGAUGCUUUUGGAAACACGCUUGUAGAAAAGUUAAAUAGUGUUAAUUUUGCAAAUAAUCCAUUGGGGUGUGACUGUAUUACGUAUUAUUCAUUGAAGUAUGUGAAUGAGUCAAUUAAAGGUGGUGAAUGUACAAUGCCUGCUGCUGCCAGUGGUGUAACAUGGGUAUACAGUGACAAAGAUGAAAAUAAUUAUUUUGACAAUGUGGACAAGUCUGUGUUUCAGUGUGCUGGGGGUGAUGUAACUGCAAGUGCUCCUGAUUUCUAUGAGCUGUUAGUGGAAUGGACUGAGCCAGCUGAAGAAUAUCCUGGUGGACCAGACAGUGGAACCAGUGCAGACACAUGGGAAUAUAUAGUCAUGUGUGUAAACGCUGCCGUGAGCACCCUGAGUGUAACAACAACUGAUCUAUCUCAUCUUUUCACUGCAUCUGAUGGCGUACAAGCUGGUGUGGAUUACACAUGUACAGUUCAAAUGAGACUUGGUACUGACAUUAGUGCAUCAGGACAACCUUCCUAUAUCUUGACUUUAGAGACUUUGCCAACAGUGAAUAUAACAAACAUUGGUCCACAUGAUUUUAUCCUGCCCAUCACGUAUUACGACUUCAGUUCAUCUCAUAUUGAUUUUUCCUAUGAAGAUGAUGUAGUGAAGAUAGAUUCCCCGUCCUUUGUUGCCAGUCCUUAUGACAGCUGGUUGGCAAUAUCAGACACACCGACCGCUGACACAUUCUCUGAUUGGUUCCGCAAUACAGACAAUAAUAUAAAAUAUGAUCAUUAUUUUGUGCUACCAUGGGAUGACACAUCAGGAUUUACAGAUCCCAUCAACAUUUUCUUUUCGGAUGAGUAUUGGCCAAUGGACAAUCUAGGGUACAGAUCAGAGGGUAUACUGUUUGAUUGUGAUUCCCAACUUAGAAAUCUUGGGUUUACCAAUGCAAUCCGAGCUGGUUUCCGAUUUCAAGGCACAGAACGUAUUGUGGUUGGUGGGGCUGAUGAAUUGUGGUUAUUUAUAAAUCAAGUGUACAUGAUUCAAGUGCAUUCAGACUCAACACAAUCAGCCGAUAUCAGCUGUAAACAAAUUGAUCUGAGUAAUGCUGUUAAUUCUGGAGGUGGCUACAUCACACCACAAGGAGGGACAGUUGUUAAUGGUAAAUGUGUAAUCACACAGACUCUUUCUGAUGAAAAGGUCUUUCUGGAUCUUGAGGCUGGCCAUGUCUACCACUUUGAUAUCUUUCUCACUGAAAGACUUGGAUGUAGUUCCUCAUUUUACUUAGAAACAGAAGGAACAGAGUUUGUAGACUAUGAUGUAGAACCACCGUUAGAUUACCUCGUAAAACCAGAUGAAGAUUUUCAUGUUGGUGGAAUUAUAGAAACUGUUGUAAUAACAGAUGCAUUCUCCGUUGGUGAUUACAAUGUAACCAUUUUACAAGGCAAUGAAGCAAGACAUUUUACAAUUGUUGAAGACAAUACUGCUAAUCGUGUAGCUGCUCUUCCACCAACCACAGUCACCCCACCUUUAACUGAUACUAUCAAUGGUACUACAUUCCUGUUGUGUACGUCUCCAUCAGUUAUUGCUACUGAAGCUGCUGUUUCUGGGAGCCAGGAAUUUAGCAUUACUACAGAUAAUGUGUUGUUAACUCUGGAUACUGGAUUAGAUUAUGAAGCAGCUUUUCUAUAUAUGAUUAUUAUUGGUGUUGUUGACAAUAACGCAUCCCCUGCAGCUGAUGGCAAAAUUGUUGUCAAGGUUGUCGUUCAAGAUGUAAAUGACAACUGUCCAGAACUGAGUGAAUCAUCAACUAUUAGUCUGUACCCACAACCAAUUUUACAAUCGGAUCCACUAUUUGUUGUCAAUGCAAGUGAUUUAGAUAGUGGUGUAAGUGGGGAAGUGACUUACCAUGUCUCUGAAUACAGUGAGAGGUCAAAUUACAAUGAUACUAGCAUAGUUGAGUUUACCUUAGCUGCAAUAGAUGGUGGUACCCCAACACGUGGAGACACUGUUACAGUGGAAAUCACUAUGCAUGAUACGUGUUUGACUGAUACAAGAGGUGAUCCAAUAGAUAUCAGUAUCUAUACUGGUUAUACUACUGGAAAAGUAUAUCUUAGAGUUCCUAAAUAUUACAUUUUAGAAUUCAGUUGUCGGGAAGAACUUGGUUUGAGAAAUUAUGUGGUACGUGAUGAAUGGAUGUCAGCUUCAUCCGAGGAAAGUGAUGAGUUUAGUAAAGAAAGAGCAAGGUUGACACUAGGAAGAGAUGAUACUAUACCAAAAGGCUCAGGAUGGGUACCAGCAGUGUUUGAUACAUCACAAUGGCUAGCUAUUGAUAUGGGUGAGACAUACCUCUAUAAUGGCAUUGUAACUCAGGGUAAUCCUGAUAAAGAAUACUGGGUUACAACAUUUAAAAUACAAUACAGUGAUGAUGGAAGUACCUACACAAGCUUCACUGAUGACAAUGGGAAUGAUGUGGUAUUCACUGGCAACCAUAAUAGUGGGUCGUUUAAGAACAACAUUUUUCACAGUACCAUCAAAUCACAACAUAUACGAAUUAAUCCAAUAACAUGGAAUACCGGGAUAGGUUUAAGAUUUGAAUUAUUAGGUUGCACACCAGCAAGAAGACUAUUGCAUGACACUGAGUGUGUUCGAUGUGAGACUACUUACUACUGUAUUGGUGAUGAUAUCCAACGUCCUUGUGGUCGAUGCGAUCCACCAUCACCGUGUGAUAGGUCAAUAACGGAGCACUCAUUUGGACAUGCUGAAGAGUGUUCCCCCUGUCCCAUAGGAUGGCUAUGUACUGAUGGUUAUGCAACACCAUGUCCUAUAUAUCACCAUGGUCGAUGUGAUGAAACAUCCUGCCCAUCAUCAUGUACAUUGUGUGAGCCUGGUACAGCAUGUUUUGAGGGUGUUGCUUCCAUAUGUGGACCAGGAUAUUUCUCACUGGGGUAUAAUACAGGUCCAUGUUGGGCUGACGUUAAUCCAUGUUUUGGUGAUGUACAAUGUGUUAACACUGGUGGCAGUACAUUUGCGUGUGGUGAGUGCCCAGAGGGAUUUACUGGUGAUGGCUUAACAUGCAUCGAUAUUGAUGAGUGUGCUGCUAACCCAGGUGCAUGUUUUGAAGAAUGUAUUAAUUUAGCACCUGGAUAUACAUGUAGUGGAUGUCCGUGUGGUUAUAGUGGAUAUGCACCACAUGGUGUAGGAAUAGAACACAUACUUACUCAGACCCAGGUUUGUGAUGAUGUUGAUGAAUGCCUCACUGGUGACAAUAACUGUGAUCCACUGUCAGUAUGUACAAAUACAAUAGGAAGUUAUACCUGUGGUACCUGUCCACCUGGUUACAUAGGAGAUGGAUACAUUGGAUGUUUAAGUGGAAAUUACUGUGACUUGGGCACAAAUAAUUGUCAUGAUGAUGCUACCUGCAUAUAUACUGGACCUGGAACUUACAUAUGUGAGUGUAAUGAUGGGUAUGCUGGUGAUGGUGUUUACUGUGGUUAUGACAUCGAUGGCGAUGGGUACCCAGCCAUUGCGUUGCACUGCAAUGAAGACAUUUGUAAAGCUGACAAUUGUGAUGUCAUUCCAAACAGUGGACAAGAAGACAAUGACCAUGACAAUAAAGGAGACAUAUGUGAUAGAGAUGAUGAUGGCGAUGGCAUCUAUGAUGAGGAUGAUAAUUGUCAAUAUGUCAAGAAUCCUGGUCAGACUGACACUGAUGGUGAUAGUGUUGGUGAUGACUGUGACAACUGUGUCAAUGAUCUCAAUCCUGAUCAGUUAGAUAAUGAUGAUGAUGGAGAUGGUGAUAUAUGUGAUACUGAUGAUGAUAAUGAUAGUGUUUUAGAUGAUACAGACAAUUGUUUAUUUGUUGCCAAUAGUGACCAGGCAGAUGGGGAUGGUGAUAGUGUAGGUGAUGCAUGUGAUAACUGUGUUGAUAUUGGCAACACAGACCAGACUGAUAGUGAUCAUAAUGGAUGGGGUGAUGCAUGCGAUGACCCUGAUGGAACAGAUAAAGACAGAGAUGGUGAUGGUAUUCCCAAUUUUGCUGACAAUUGUGAGAAUGUACCAAACUCAGAUCAGUUAGACACUGAUGGAGAUGGUGUGGGUGAUAUGUGUGAUGAAGAUAAAGAUGGUGAUGGUAUCCCGGAUACAUCUGAUAAUUGUCCACUGGUAGCAAAUCCAACACAGACAGACUUGAAUGGUGACUUGGUUGGAGAUGAUUGCGAGGACGACUAUGAUGGAGAUGGCAUUGAUGAUGAAUAUGACAAUUGCCCAAAAAAUAUAAAUUAUCAAACAACUAGUUUUGAAGAUUAUAUAUCAGUUGAGUUGGACCCUACUUUAACAGACGCAGCACCCCCAGUAUGGUAUUUAGUUGAUCAGGGCAAAGAAGUUCACCAGUUAGCAGACACUGAAAUGCCACUCAUGUUGAUAGGUCGUGAUUACUUUGGACCAGUGGAUUACUCUGGUACAUUGUUUGUAAAUUCUGAUGUCGGUACAAAUUAUAUGGGUUUUGUGUUUGGAUAUCAAAGCAGUAGAAAGUUUUACAUUGUGAUGUGGAGACAUAAGAAUUUAAAUUAUCCUGAUUAUAGAGCUGGUAUAAAAGGUUUACAGAUAAAGAAAGUUAUAUCCAGUACUGGUCCGGGUAAAACAUUGAGUGAUGCACUAUGGCAUUCAUAUGAUACAACAGAUCAAGUCACGUUAUUAUGGCAUGAUCCAGAAAUGAGAGGAUGGGAACAUAAUGUGGCUUAUACAUGGACGUUGACACAUAGACCAUCUAUUGGACUUAUAAGGGUGGUUGUUAAAAUUGGCAGUGACACUAUAACAGACUCUGGAGAAAUCUAUGACACAGCUAUAUCAGGAGGUCGUUUGGGAGUAUUCCAAUUUGCACAACCCAAUAUCAUUUGGUCAAAACUGAAAUACAAGUGUGCUGACAGAGUCAAUCAAGCCUUGUAUUUUGAUGGUGUGGAAGACUAUGUUACACUGAACACCAUUCAGAAUCUGAACUUAGAGUAUAGUUUUACCGUUGAAGCGUGGAUUAAUUUGCCAAACAACUAUCCUUCCUCCAAGAUUCCUAUUAUUUGUUCAAUUAAUGCUGAGCUGUGUCUUUAUGUGGAGAACAGGUAA